AUGGAUAUUCAAUUCGUACUUGAUCCAUAUGCUUGUGCAAAAUAUCUUAUGUCAUAUACAACAAAACCAGAACGAGAAAUGAGUUUAUUACUAGAAGCAACUCAUAAAGAAUGUCGUGAAGGUAAUAUGUCUGUACGAGACGAAAUGAAAAAACUGACAGAUACAUUUUUUAAUCAUCGACAAGUCAGUGUACAGGAGGCUAUUUACCGUGCAACUAAAAUGCCACUAACAUAUUCAAGUCGAGGUUUUGUUUUUGUACCAGCACAUUCAAAUAGUUGUAAAUUUUUAAAAUCACAAAAUAUAUUAAAAGAAUUGGAUCCAGAUGACGAAAAUAUAUAUAUGUCUAACUUAGCUGACAAAUAUUUUGAUAGACCAGAAGAACCGGAAUUCGAUAUUUGUAUGGCAGAUUUUGCUUCUGAAUAUGAAAUCAUAUCGAUUAAGAUAUUCUGUUUUUAUACUAGUUAG